AUGCAAGAAUCAAAAGCUUUAAUGGAGCUUUGCUCCAAGUUUAACCUCUUUAACUAUGUGAGUUUAUUUGUCAAUGGUUCAACAAUGAAGAAGACAGCAUUUGCUUAUAUUUAUAUUGAUGAAAAAUUAGCAAGAGAAGCAGUUUCCAGUCUUAUACCAUCUAGGAUCGCUGUGAUUGCUAAUGUCCGUGAUCUUACUGUUGUCAAAACCGUUGCUAAAGGUGUUAUUAGGACUCUCUACAUUAAUGACUCGGACAGUGCUCUCAUCCCUAUUACCAUUACUAACGUUAGUGUCGUCACCAUUGCUCCUAUCCUUAUUCCUAUUAUUAACUCCAUGGCUGGGUCCCGGCGUAGUCGUUCUGCUCCGGCUAGGUCAUCAUCGGGCAGUCCACUUUGUGGCUUAAAGGUAGAUGCCAACGGCCAACAGAUCCCACCUAGUCCUUCAUCAAAAGCCUGGGUCGACACACGACAAAUUCAGAAACUUAAAGAAGAGCCAAUGGAAAUACGUAACUACGACAGUGAGGAUGUUGAGAGAAUGCAUCGUCGACGUAAAGAUGAACUUGAGAUAAUGCCUAACCGAAAACAAUCAAUGCUCUGUACCAAAAGGAAUGCCCUCCUAAAACAGCGAAAAAGGGAGUUGCGUUCACAGGAAACACAAGAAGCAAGAGAGGCCCGUCUUGAUGAUCAGCGUAGUCGUGAUCAACGCUCACUAUGUGACGAACCUGUUGAAGCAAGGCAGGCCCGUCUUGCUUUCAUGCGUAUUCGAAAUCAGCGCUCACUCCUUGUGGUGUCAGAAGAAGCAAGGCAAGCUCGUCUUGCCGCCCAGCGUAGUCAUAAUCAACGCUCACUCCUUCAGGAGCCUGCUGAAGCAAGAGAGGCCCGCCCCGCUGCCCAACAUAGUCAACGCCAGAUAUCAAGUCUUUAGGAAUCAUCGGAGGCUACGGAAAACAGGUUGGCAGGUCGACGUCAAAGAAAUGUUGCUGCUGCAAGGGGCGCAUUUUGGAUGAGAGCUGGAUUCAGAUACAGUCCUGCUGAUGAUUUCUCCAAUCGCCCGGACGUGAGUCUUGGUAAAAUGGACAGGGAAUGCCGAUUUUGUCAAGCUAAGUAGUGGGCUGGUGAGGCAGCUGGUCUUUGUUGUUCUGGAGGCAAGGUUCGAUUUCAGCCGCUCGCAGAUCCACCUGAAGUUCUGAAAAAUCUCCUCCUCAAUAGCUCCGACUACGCCAAGAAAUUCCGAAAAGCCAUUUGGAGAUAUAACUCCUGCUUCGCUAUGACCUCUUUUGCCGUAAAGAACAUCCACGACAAACAUAACAUCAACAACGUCAAUAUUGAUGGAA